UUACUAAUAUUUAGGUUAAUAGCAGGUAUAGUAAAAUUGUGCACGCACUUGAAGUGUAAAAUUGUUCGCCUUUGGCAACUCAACAGAUGUGGCCUGGUGGAAGUGGUGGUAGUGUUCGAAACUCAAACGCUUCUUCCGCAAUGUCUAGUUCAGCACCUAACGGCGCCAGCGGUAGUUCAUCGACCGGUUCUGGGGGCGGUGCGGCGACAUCUCAAUCAUCAUUCAGUGGUGUGAGGGUAAGUGAUCAGCGUGGAGGUGCAGGAAAUCAGCAGCGAUGGCUCGAUCAUCAUCAAGUACAACAGUGGAAUACACAAAGUGCACAGUGGGGACCACAUGUCGCAGGUGGUCCAAAUCCAGCCCAUCCAUGGACACUUGCAGCUGCUGCACAACAAUGGCCGGGCACACCAUCGUCAAAUACGGGGACAGGUGCUUCUACAUAUGCCGAACAUGCAAAAAAAAGUAUGAUGGGACGUGGUGGACAAGGUCAGGCUCAAGGGCGAUACGAUCAACAACAGCAACAAUGGAACCAAGUGAAAGUAGAUCAGCAGACUUCUUGGGAUACGAGUAGUUUGGCAGGCUUUGGCAAUAUACAUACUACCAGUGAUGCAAAAUUGUCAGCAGCGGAAUGGGGGUCAGCCGGAGCACCGAAUACACGUUGGGCUCCACCCGUUACCCAGUGGCCAGUACAUGCUGCAGCUACAUCAAGUACUACAGGCCCCGAUUGGGCCACAGCUGCAGUUGUAGCUGCAGCAGCAGUGGCACAUCAUCGUCACGACACUACAGCAGCACCUUGGACGAGCACUACGAUGGCAGCUCAUCCAGCGGCUGCAGCAUUGCCGCCGCAAAUUGGAGCAGCUUGGGGCCAUAAUCCGACGACCGGACAACAACCAUCAGCCUCUGCAUUACCAAAUCUCAAUGAACAGUACGACCCAAAUCCUCAAACACCUGGUCCAUGGGUUGCCCCACAACCGCAAGAAAUGAAUAACGAUAUGAUGUGGCAUGAUCCAAAUCCAAAACAAAAGAAGGUGCAGCGUGAUACUGGUACUGCAAUUUGGGGUGAUCCAAGUCAACAACCUGUAGAAAUAAAACGUUGGAAAGAUGCUGAAAUAGAUGAUUAUUCCCACAUACAAAGUGCAGUGCCGAGCGGUGGUGAUUGGAACAUCAUUGCGAUAUCAUCAAAUGGUAGCACUGUUUGCACGGGCGUCAACGGUGCCAUAAUCGGUGGUCCUGGUACAGGAAAUGCAACGAGUUCGUGCUGUUCGGCAACUGGAACAAACGUUUCAACUCCAACGACAACUGGUAAUGGGCCAUGGCCAGACGGUUCCCAUCCAGAAUCUUCGUCAUCAGGACAUCAGGAACGGUGGCAACAGCAGCCUAGUGCAUGGGGUGAUAAAGUAUCUGGACCUCCUUCUGUAGGUGGCAUUGGGAUACAUGGUGUAUUAGAUAAUGCAGUGAUUCGACCUGAUAUUGGAGGUGGCAAUAUUGCAGGAACAACACCCUACACUUCGCUUACGCAGCAAAUUGCUGAUCGGAUCCGUAUCGCGGUUAGUAAAGGUCUAAUUGAUGUUUCGAUGCUUAAUCGUCCUUUACCUCAGAGCGCCCUGGUUGUUUUGAAUACUCUUCUUCAAAAGUUCCCCAAGCUUGAGCAAGCUCAGCAGGAAUACCAGCAAGUCAUGCGUGCUAUGAGUAGCCCAGCACAGAAGGUUGAAUCAGAACGCUUAGUGGUAGAAAUAAACGGCUUGCAGCAUGAAAUUAUACAGCUGCGGAAUUCAAUGAAUGAACAGUUAUUGAAAGCACCUGCACAGCAGCAAGAUGGACAAAGCCGUUUGCAACAGUGGAAACAGGCCAAUGCAACGAAUACACAAGAUUGCAACAGUGAUAAGAUGUGUGCAUCUUCAUUGGAUCCGAACGUUUCGGGUCUCAUUGCAGGCACACAGUUAUUGACAAUAGACGGAAAAAUUGAUUGGAAAGUUGGUAGUCUGGAUUGGUCGCCACCACCUUCUGGAACUGGAAAUGGAGACAAAGUGGCCGAUAUAACCGAUAAAGAUGAUCCAAGUAGUAGUUCCGGUGAGAAGCAACAGCAGGGAGCCUCGUCAUCAACCAAUCAGUCUUGUAAUGGUACUCCAACACCGCAGCAGCAAUCUCAGACACAGUCUCAAGCGGCUCCAGUCGAUGAUGGACCACAGGAAUUUGUUCCGGGGAAGAAAUGGGAAUGGAGGGAUCCCAAUAAAGUAGCGGAAGACCCGAAUGCAACUCCAGGCACAUGUAAACCAAACCCACUACUGACAACCGGUUCCACCGCUCAACCUUUCUACAUAUACGGUAGUAACACUAAUAGCAGCCUACCACAGGCUAGUGCGGCCACUAAUUCGUCGAAUGUUGUAACUACUACGGCUAAUUACUUAAAUGAUCUACAGACUAUUAACAAGAGUCCAAGUGCUAGUUAUCUAGGAUGGAACAAUGCUACUGCUAACCCAACUGCUUUUACUGCCAGCGACAUGUGGCCUACGGUGACAACAGGCACCACUGCUGUGCGACAGUCUCGAGUUGCAUCUGGGCCAACAGGAAUCGGACCAUUUGGACAUGCAGCAGUACGAGGUGGACCUGUAGGUACCGCUGGACUCACUAUGGGGCCUUAUCAACGUUCCAAUUUAAGUCCAUUUGGUCUCCAGCAACCACAGCAGCAGUACCAGUGGGUUUUCGUGCAGUUACACGGAGUGAACGAAAAACAAGUACAGAUGUUAUGCCAGAAAGUGGGCCAAAUAGUGCAUGCAUUUUGUCCACAUGGUGCUCCCUUUCUGUGUGUUAAAUUCAUAGAGCCUGCUGAGGAAAUUAUUCGGCGACUGAAGACAGAAGCUCCAUUUUUGCAAGUGAAAACUGUGACAGAAUCGGAAAUGGAUCGGUUAUUAAAGCCGCGGGGCACACUAUCAUAUGGUGGUCCUUUGGGACCGGCUGGAACGACAACGGAACAGUGGAUGUUUGGUGCCGGUACGGUUACAGCAUUGCUACCUAAUUGUGCUUCUAAUAAUACUGAUGUACUACCACAACAACCCCAUUUUCAUGCAGGUGAUACAACUAGUGAUAUUACACGACCCUUUUGAUACGAUGAAAAGUUGAUAUCUUUAGUUGGUACGACAUGCUACGGUAAGCAGUUUUGUUAAGUUAAUGCAUUAUGGUAAUGGGUUAUGAUACUGGCUUAGUUCGAUAGCGUUAGUUCUUGUACUUUUUUGUGCUCCUCGGGAUUUGUUUAUUAAUGCAUUAUUUACCGCUAUAUGUUGCUUGUAUGUUCUGCAGUGUGUGUUCUAGCGUACACAGUGUGCAACUAAUGCGGUGAUUACGCUCACUAUAUCGUGAGUGAUAUGAUAGUUGCAUUCUUUGUGAGGCGUGAGCGAUGCAGAUGUUAGAAAAUAUGAUUUUAUUUGUUGCAUUUUUGUGUCAGGUCUUCACUCUUUGUUCAUUUGUAGUUAAUUUAUAACUUCAUGCAACACUAUAUAUUAACAAAUCAUAAUUUCUUAAACCCUAUUUAUUGUAUUUGUUGCGCAGUAAUACAUUCAGUCAUUCUGUUGUCAAUAUAGAAGAAUGGAUUAAUGGUCUCCUAUUCAAUAAAUUCGUGAUGAGUACGAAAUAUAUUGAGUUAAUAAAUUUGGUGCAGGAAUACCGUGGUCUGCGGUGUGUUUUCAUACUUAAAUGCUCUUGUAAUUUUUGUUCUAUUCUGCCUAUCCAGCUUUCUUUGGACAAAGGUCUUUGUAUCCAGGAAUAAUUUCUACACUUUCUUUUUCCUGGAAUAUGUACAGAUAUGUAUUAUUGCUUCGAUUCGUCUGCAUCUUAUCCUUGUCAUUCUCAUCUUGUGCAGUUCCACUGAUUUAAUUUUGUAUUCGUUAUAUCUCUAUACUACCUACUGC